GGAGCCGCGGUAGCGAAAGAGAAAGCGGACGGCUGCGGAGCGGGGUCGCCGGCAUGGAUGGGCGCGCGCCGCGGGGGCUGUGGCUGCUGAGCUGCUGCUAUUGGUGCCUCGGUCUCGGGUCCGCGGAUGCAGGACCCACCGUCACCCCGACCUGGCCACGGAGCCGCGGGAGAGACCCAGCAGCCGCCUUCCGGGAAAGUCUUCGUAGACAUCAAUUCUUGAAUUCUUCUCCUUGGGAGAAUGCCACUGCCUUCUAUGGAGUAAAUCAGUUUUCUUAUUUGUUCCCUGAAGAGUUUAACGCCAUCUAUUUAAGGAGCAAACCUGCCGUGUUUCCCAGACAACCCACAGAAGUACACAUGCCCAUCCCGGAUGUGUCCUUGCCACUGAGAUUUGACUGGAGAGACAAGCAUGUUGUCACGGAAGUGAGAAGCCAGCAGACGUGCGGAGGGUGCUGGGCCUUCAGCGUGGUGGGUGCUGUGGAGUCUGCACAUGCCAUUGGAGGGGAACGCUUGCAAGUCCUCAGCGUGCAGCAGGUGCUCGACUGCUCCUAUAAGGACGAGGGCUGUGGGGGAGGCUCUCCGCUCAAUGCUUUGAGAUGGCUAAACAAGACACAGGUGAAGCUGGUGGAGGAGUCUGAAUACCCAUUCAAAGCUGAGAAUGGGCUGUGCCAUUACUUCUCUUUGUCUCACUCUGGAGUGUCAAUCAAAGGCUAUACUUCAUAUGACUUCAGUGACAAGGAAGACGCGAUGGCAAGAGCACUUCUCACCUUCGGUCCUUUGGUUGUGGUGGUAGAUGCAGUCAGCUGGCAGGAUUACCUGGGAGGCAUAAUCCAGCACCACUGCUCUAGUGGAGAAGCGAACCAUGCUGUCCUUGUAACUGGGUUUGAUAAAACAGGAAGCAUUCCAUUUUGGACAGUUCGGAACUCCUGGGGCCAUUCCUGGGGAGUAGACGGCUAUGCACGUGUGAAAAUGGGUGGUAAUAUUUGUGGUAUCGCUGAUUCAGUGUCUGCUGUAUUUGUGUGAUUUCCCCGGAGAUAUCAAGAGACCAUUGCAGAAAGAAAAAAGUUUACAGGAGGCAGGAAGAGUCAUUCACUACUUCAUUCUAAAACAUGCUCCACUGCAAGCUUCGGCAGCGACCUGCACAAGCUUCUUGGAUCUAGUAGCAUUUACCAAAGUGGCAUGUGGACUUUCAGAGGAAGCCCAGCCCCUCAGCCCACAGGGACACCUGUGAAACACGCCCUACUCCGGGAGGACAUUUAGAUUGCCAUCACUUUGAAGGACCUCCAGCUUGAAGAAGCCAUUUUUAUGUUUUUGUCGUAUUACCUUCUCCUUCAGUUUCUUUCUUUGCUUUUUAGUUUUUCUUUGAUCAGAUAGAAUCAGAGGUGAUGAGACUUCGUUUUCCUGUGGGAUAUAAUCUCUAGACUAAAAUGAGUUCUGUGAAUACGAAUGGCCCAACCUCACGGGAUGCGUGCCUCUCCGCAGCAGCAUUCUGAGAAGGAUGCACUCCUUCAAGGAAAUAAACUGACUUAAAUUAAACACCAAAUCUGGUACUAAGUAUAAUGGUACAUACCUGUCAUCCCAGCUGUGCAGGAUGUAUCCUAGGGACUGCUAGGCCAGUCUGGGUAAAAGGGAGAUGCUAUCUGAAAACUAACGCCAAAAGCUCGAGGGGCUUGGCUCAACGGAUAAAGUACCUGCUAAGCAAGCACAAGGUCCUGAGUCCAAACACCUGCCUCCAAAAUAAAGACCAGCAUGACAGCCGUGAGAAACCUCAAAGCAGCAUUGCAUGAGGGCAAAUUAUUGGUGGGAAAAUUUCUUUUCAAUAUGACUCUCUGAUUUUACUCUUUCUCUACCCUGCAGCAAAGAAGAAAA